AUGUGUUAUGACGUCAUGAUAGGCCUUAAGUGUGAAGUCACGCUUCCUCCUGUAGAGACGCUGGAAGGAGCCGUGGAUGAAAAUGAACAGCUAAAGAAAAAUAAUGAUAUCCUGAAGGAGAAGUUAAAAUCUCAUGAGCAGGAAUAUAAGCGUCAGAUUGACAGACUUGUAAAGGAAAUUCAAACUAAAGAGGAAGAACACAAAAUGGAACUAAGAAAAGUUAAUCUGGAUAUGCAAAAAAAAUUUGAACUAAAUGAAGAAAAACACAAAGAGCUGAUGGAGAAAAAGGAAAUGGAGAUUUCAGAGUUGACCACGAAGUUAAGAACUCAAGAUAUGGAAAAGCAGAAUGAGAUAAUCAAACUACAAAUAGAGCUUAAUGCUCAGUUGGCAAGAGCUCAGAUGAAAUCAGCAAAACCAUAUACUGAUUCCACUGUUUUGCCUCAGCACAUCUACAGAAGGAAGCUCCAGCAUCUCCAAGAAGAAAAAAACAAAGAAAUUGCCAUUCUUCGAGAUACCAUUCGAGAUUUAGAGUGCCGCCUCAUCAUUAGCAAGGAUUCUCAUCUCAAGCGAAAACGUCCUUGAUCACAACUGACCUUUCCAGUCAGCCUCUUUAUAUACAAUUGCAAUAGGUCAGUAUCACAGAAACAGCUAAUCUAACAAACACACACACACAUGAAAAGGUUAAACUUUGUUUUAUUGAGAGUGUGUUAAUCUUUUUUUUUUUUAAUAAUCCCACACAUUUAUCCUGUUUUCAAA